GAUAUCUAUUAUUUACAUGUUUUACCCAAUUCACUUAGUGUCUCACCUUAAUUAUCUUAUUAUGCAAAUUGACCAAAGUGCAACUUUUAGCAACUAAGUUGGCCUAUAGAUUUCUGCAAUAAAACUUUAGGGUACUCGACAUUUCUGGGUUCAAGAAAAUGCAACUACAGUAGACUAUGAGCAUACAGUAGGGCUAGGCCUAAUGCUAGCACCCAGAUGCAACCUUCACAGUGCGCAUGCGCAAGGAAACCACUUGGUGUAGAAACCAGGACUGACAUAACACCGCCGGUACUGCUAUGGUACUGAAUCGCUGGUGGCCAGCCAGUCGCGAGUUGUGACAGCGAGGGCAUACUGAUCGUAGCAGCCAUGUCAAGCAGUCCUGCACUACUCAUGCGGCUGAUGGCCUCGGCCUACUCAGUGGCCGAGAAAUCUGGAGCCAUCGCAAGGAGAGUGAUGCAGAGCGGAGACCUGGGCAUAGUUGAAAAGACAGGAGCCAAUGAUCUGCAGACUGCAGCCGAUAGGCUGGUCCAAAAGAGCAUUUGCGCUUCAUUGUCCCACAGCUUUCCAAAGCUCACCAUCAUUGGAGAAGAGGACCUGCCAGUAGAGACAGUAGAGGAGGACCUGAUGGAGACCAAACAAGCGGAGGAGGUCUUGCUGAAGCCCUGCCCACCAGAGUACAGCAGUCUGAAGGAGGAGGAGCUUGUCGUGUGGGUUGAUCCACUUGAUGGCACCAAGGAAUACACAGAAGGGCUGCUUGACCAUGUUACAGUAUUGAUUGGAAUCGCAUAUGGUGGCAAAGCCAUAGCAGGAGUUAUCAACCAGCCCUUCUUCAACUACCAGCUGGGUUCAGAGGCGGUCUUGGGCAGGACGAUGUGGGGCGUCCUGGGUCUGGGAGCUUUCGGCUUCCAGCUGCAGGAGGUUCCAGAUGGCCAGCGCAUCGUCACCACCACGCGUUCCCACAGCAACAAACUGGUGACUGACUGCGUAGCAGCCAUGGAGCCGCACAGCGUCAUCAAAGUGGGAGGGGCAGGAAACAAGAUUGUCCAGCUUGUGGAAGGGAAGGCCUCAGCCUAUGUGUUUGCCAGCCCAGGCUGUAAGAAGUGGGAUACCUGUGGACCUGAAGCCAUCCUGCAGGCAGUGGGUGGCAAGCUGACUGACAUGCAUGGGAAUGCAUACUGCUAUGACGCCAACGUCAAACACAUGAAUUCAGCUGGUGUGUUGGCCACUCUGAGAAACCACGAGUACUACCUCAGCAGGGUACCACAGUCUGUCAAACAGGCAUUGUCUUAAAGAUGAAGGCAUUCUGGGACAUGUAGUUUUAAACUCCAUCAUGUGCCUUCCUGGUGAAGGAUAAAGCUACACCUUAAAUGUCACUACCUUUUUGUCAGAUUUUGAUACUUCACCUUGAUAUCAACAGUGAUUUCAACAUACAUGAGGCAGCUGAUAGAAUUUUUGCCAUGUGAUAAUGUUGCUAAUGAUUAAUUGACUAAUGAAUUCCACUCAUCUUUGCCAUAGCUCGUAUUUUAUGUCAUUAAAAGGACCAAAGUUAUAUUAUA